AUGCAUUACACUUUCAUCACUUUUGGAGUGUUCGGAGCGGUUCUUUUUCUAGUGUGUAGUGAGGCGGCUUUUGCAAAACUGACUAAUGCUAAAUGUGAGUCAUAUAACCAGUCGUGGGUGUCAAUUCACUACUGUCGCCUCAAAGCUUAUUCCCGAAAUAAGACUAGCUUGAAUGUAAAUCUUACACUUUCUGAGCCAGCCUACAACAUAUUCCUUCAUUUGAAGAUGCUGAAGAGGGCCAACGGCUACAAGCCGUUCCUAUUCGAUUAUAACUUCGAUGCCUGCGAGUUCAUGAGAAGGCGAAAUCAACCGGUGGCCAAGAUAGUCUGGAACUUGAUCAAAGAUGUGUCCACGGUGAACCACACUUGCCCCUAUAUGGGCUUGCAGGUGCUAAGUGAUUUCCACUUGAUUGACAUUCCACUUCCGCUGCCGACAGGAGAAUACCUACUCUUAAUGGACUGGUUCUUUGAUGGUAAGCCGCAGUUCGCUUCAAAUGUUUAUUUUGCAUUUAAGGAGGAUUUCACGACAAGCUCUUCAAGACACGGAUAA